ACUUGUUACCAUCAAAACGGAAUUCCUUAAUCAAAAGUAAACUUGUAAACUACGAAAGUACAAAACAUUUCAACGUUCGUCGUUCAAUUGCGAAUAACGCAAGUUCAUGGCAGAUCGUCUGAACUUCGAUCAUUCAAAUUAUUCCAUCCAUUUAAUACUUAGUUUUUAAUAAUAUUUUUUUUUAAUGUUAUGUCUAUUAUAGCAAACGUUUAUAAAAUAUGUUGAUUCUGUUAUAUUCGUAAUUUUCUAUCGCUUUUUCCAAAAUGAGUGAUACUUUACAUAUUAUCAUAAUAGCUAUUGCUAUUGGAUUAUGUUCAAACGUUAAAACUGAUUCCGAUUGUGGUGAACCACUGUUAGAAAAAGCAGUACUAAGAGCAACUUCUUCAUUACCAGACAGAGGACCAGAAAAUGCUAUUCUCAAUGGACGUAAUGCAUGGACAGCAUACAGCUCUGAUUUUGCUCAGUAUCUCAUUAUCGACCUAGGUCAAACCAUGACUGUAACAUCAAUAUUGACCCAAGGUAGAGCAGAAUCUUCAGAAUAUGUAGAAACAUUUGGUAUUAGUUAUGGUUCAAAUGGUUUAGACUAUGCUGAAUACAAAGAAUCAUCAGGAAAUACUAAGUUAUUUAAAGGUAAUAUUAAUGGAGAUGAUUCUGCUAGAAAUAUAUUUGAGGUCCCCAUCAUAGCACAAUGGAUUAGGAUUAAUCCUACUAGAUGGAGAGACAGGAUUUCAUUGAGAUUAGAGCUUUAUGGAUGCCCAUACUCAUCGGACAGCCUUUAUUUCAAUGGUACUUCAUUGGUACGUUGGAACUUGAGAGAUUCCCCUGUUUCUGCCCAUAGAGAAUCAAUAAGAUUUAGAUUUAAAACAAAUGUGGCUGACGGAGUUUUAUUGUAUGGAAUUGGAUCACAGGGAGAUUAUUUAGCUUUACAACUUAAAGAUAAUCGGUUACUAUUAAAUAUAAAUUUAGGAUCUCAAAUCAUGACUAGUCUAUCAGUUGGUAGUCUACUAGAUGAUAACAUCUGGCAUGAAGUUAUAAUAAUGAGAAAUAAACUUGAAGUUGUGUUUUCUGUUGAUCGUGUCACAAUUCAAGGUCGAAUUAAAGGAGAAUUUGAAAGACUUGAUCUUAAUCGUGAAAUAUAUAUAGGUGGUGUACCACAUUUAAAUGAAGGUCUGUUAAUUAAUACAAAUUUUACUGGAUGUAUAGAAAACUUAUACAUGAAUUCAACAAAUAUGAUAUAUUUAGUUAAAGAGUCGUACAAUUCUGGAGACUCUUGGUUAAUGCAAAAAUAUCAAAAAAUAAAUACAUUAUAUACUUGUUUGGAAUCUCCUAUUGUUCCCGUUACAUUUUUAUCGCGAUCAUCUUAUGCAAGAUUAAGAAGUUAUGAAGGACUGAAAAAAAUUAAUAUAUCAUUAUCAUUUCGUACUUAUGAAGAACGAGGGUUAUUAGCCCAUCAUAAAUUUUUAGUAAAUGGAUAUGUUAAGUUAUACUUGGAAAAUGAACGCAUUAAAGUAGAAUUGAUGACCAAAGAUGACACACGUGUAGUUUUAGAUAACUAUGAAGAAAGUUUUAAUGAUGGCAAAUGGCAUAGUGUAAUUUUGAUCCUUAAAGAAAAUUUUUUGGAACUUAAUGUAGAUAAUAGACCUAUGCAGACAAUUAGAAAAUUAGAUUUCUUCACUGGACAAAAUAAUUUUAUUGCUGGAGGUAUUUAUGGUUCAAUUGGAUUUAUUGGAUGUAUGCGUUUAAUUACAAUUGAUGGAAAUUAUAUGUUACCAACUGAUUGGAAAUUAGGAGAAGGUUAUUGUUGUGAUAAAGAAGUAUUAUUUGAUGCUUGUCAAAUGAGUGAUAGGUGUAAUCCAAGUCCAUGUAAACAUUCUGGUAUAUGUAGACAAAACUCUGAUGAAUUUUUCUGCGAUUGUGGUAAUACAGGAUAUAGUGGUGCCGUAUGUCAAACUCCAUUAAAUCCAUUGUCGUGCCUUGCUUUUAAGAAUGUUAAUCCAGUUGGACAAAACCAUGAUAUUAAAAUAGAUGUGGAUGGAAGUGGCCCAUUAAAACCGUUUCCAGUUACAUGUCAAUAUUAUGCUGAUGGACGAAUAGUAACAACAAUUAGACAUCAAAGUGAAAGUGAUUCCACUGUUGAUGGUUUCCAAGAUCCUGGAAGUUUUAAACAAGACUUCAACUAUGAUGCAGACUUAUUGCAAAUUGAAGCACUUAUUAAUAGAUCACAUUCCUGUUGGCAACCAUUAAGUUAUUCUUGUAAACAAUCUAGAUUAUUUAAUUCUCCAGUAAAUGGGGAAUUGGAUUUUCGACCUUAUGGAUGGUGGGUAUCAAGACACAAUCAAAAGAUGGACUAUUGGGGCGGUUCAAUUCCUGGAUCACAUAAAUGUCAGUGUGGUAUAACGGGUGGUUGUCAUGACCCUACUAAAUGGUGCAAUUGUGAUUCGGGUCUUGAUAGCUGGCAAUCAGACAGUGGUGAUAAGGAAAAAGAGCAUCUGCCAAUAAAACAAGUUAGAUUUGGAGACACGGGUACAACGUUAGAUGAAAAAGAAGGGAGAUUCAAAGUCGGACCAUUAAUGUGCGAAGGCGAUGAGCUUUUUAACAAUGUUGUAACAUUUCGCAAACUUGACUCACAAAUUCGUUUACCAACAUUUGAUUUUGGACAAAAUGGUGACAUUUAUUUUGAAUUUAAAACAACUAUUGAAAAUGCCAUUAUUUUUGAAAGUCAUGGACCUAAAGAUUAUAUAAAGUUAUCACUUAUAAGUGGUCACUCUUUACAAUUCAGUUACCAAGCUGGCAGUGGACCAUUAAAUGUUCGUGUGGAAACUUCUGAUAAACUGAAUGAUGAUAGAUGGCAUUCAGUUGUUAUAGAAAGAAAUCGAAAAGAAAGUAGAAUUAUUGUAAACGGAGCGUUAAAACAGUCAGUAAGAGAACCUCCUGGUCCUGUACGUGCAAUACACUUGACAUCUGAAUUAGUCAUUGGUUCAUCAUCUGACGAACAAAAUGGUUUCAUUGGUUGCAUAAGAGCAUUUAUGCUAAAUGGACAACUUGUAGAUUUAAAAUCAUAUGCUGAAAAGCGGUUAUAUGGUAUUUCUCCUGGAUGUAUUGGUAAAUGUGAUAGUAAUCCUUGUCUUAAUAAUGGAACAUGUUUUGAAAAAUAUGAUGGUUAUACUUGUGACUGUCGAUGGACUGCAUUUAAAGGACCAAUUUGUGCAGAUGAAAUCGGUGUAAAUCUUAAAGCCAAUUCAAUGAUAAGGUAUGAUUUUGAAGGAAUAUGGAGAUCAACAAUAUCUGAAAAUAUUAGAGUAGGUUUUACAACUACUAAUCCAAAAGGAUUCCUACUUGGACUAUUUUCAAAUAUUUCAAAAGAAUAUAUGACGAUUAUGGUAUCUAAUAGUGGUCAUUUACGGGUUGUAUUUGAUUUUGGAUUUGAACGUCAAGAAUUAAUAUUUCCAGAUCAACAUUUUGGUCUUGGACAAUACCAUGAUCUUAGAAUUAGAAGAAAAAAUUCUGGUUCUACUUUAAUUAUGGAGGUUGAUGGAUCAGAUCCAAAAGAAUUUCAUUUUGACAUUAAAGAAUCUACUGAUGCACAAUUUAACAAUAUUCAGCACAUGUACAUUGGCCGUAAUACAUCUAUGACUGAAGGUUUUGUUGGUUGUGUUUCACGUGUAGAGUUUGAUGAUAUUUAUCCACUAAAACUGUUAUUCCAACAAGAUGGACCUCCUAAUGUCAGUGGAAUGAAUACUACAAUAAAAGAAGAUUUUUGUGGUGUUGAACCAGUCACACAUCCACCACCUAUAAUAGAGACUAGACCUCCUCCUGUAUUAGAUGAAAAUAAAGUAAAGGCUGCUUACAAUGAGACUAAUUCUGCUUUAAUUGGUGGAAUAUUUUCAAUCAUUUUGAUAAUAAUUCUGAUACUUGCAUUUUUGGUUGGUCGAUAUGUGGCUCGUCAUAAAGGUGAUUAUAUCACACAAGAAGACCGAGGUGCUGAUAUAGCAUUAGAUCCAGAUGAUGCUGUCAUACAUUCGACCACUGGUCACCAAGUACAGAAAAAACGAGAAUGGUUUAUUUAAUUUAGUUUUUUUAAAUAUCAAUAUUAUUCAAUCAAAUAAUUAUUUUUUAAACUAAAUUUUUAAUGAAUUUUACUUAUUGUUUUAUGUUCACUACAAUUGAUAAAACAUUGAUAUUUUAUAUUCUUUACUUAUUUUCUUGAUAAAAGAACAGAUCAAACGAACCCAAUAAUUAAUAAUUUUACUAGAUUACACUAUUUACACUGAAUCUCGGAGUAUGUUUGCUAAAUUUAGCUUUAGAUUGUAACAUGCAAUUUAAACAAAUAUUAUAAUUUAUAUUAAUACUUUAAAUUAUAAUUAAUAUUUAUCAUUAUUUUAUUGAACACACAUUUUAUAGUUUAUUUUCAUUUUCAUUAUUGUCAGUAUUCUAUAUUAUUACCAUUUUCUGUUUAACUUUAAAUUAAAUAUUUAAUAAUAAUGUUUUAGGUUAUGUGGAAAAUGUAUACAUUUUAUUACCAAUGACUAUUGUUGUUUUUAAUUUGUAAAUCUCAUUUUUUUUUUUUUUUUUUUUGUAAGCUAACAUACAGACUGCCUUAAAAAUAAUUAUUGAUUAUUAAGUAUAAUUUUUUAUGAUACGUGUUGAACUGUAAAGGUGAAUUUAUUAAAUAAAUUAUAUUCAUAUACAUUAAUGAUAUAAAAUUAUAUUUAGAACUAUAUUCUUAUAAUCCGUUGUACAUUUAUAAUUUGUACUUGCAAUGGUCAUCUAUAAGUGUCUGAUUUAUCUAAUUUAAUUUACUGUAUUCACCUUUACAUAUUAGCAUUUUAUCUAAAAGGUAUAUUUAUACUUAAUUCUCAUAUAUUAUUUACACGUUCCGUCCAUACUAUAGGUAGUAUUCUUUAAAUUUAAAUGUAUUUUAAGUAUAUUACAAUGUUAGAAAGAUAUAUAGUUUUUACUUAAAUUAAUUAAAGUAUAAAUUUUUUUUUAAUGUGAUAUUUUAUCGAAAUUUUUACUAAUAAUAUUUGUAUUUAAAUACUUUUUUAUACGCUAUAUUGUAGCAAAUUGUACUUUUAAACUUAAUGAAUUUUUUUUAAUAAGUAUACAUCUUUACUUUGCAAUUUUUCACUAACAGAUAUCUGCUUCUUGUAUUUUUAUAUUUUACAUUAUAUUAUUCACUUUUACAGAAAAUAUAAAUUAUAUUUUGUUUAGGAAGCAUUUUUUAGAUUUGUUGAAAAAUUUGUAUUUUUUUUUUUUACAAAAUAUGAAUACAAUUUUUAUAAUAAAUACAUUUAUGUAAGAAUG